UCGCGCGCCGCUCGAUCGGAGCUACUUGCAGCCAGCAUGGCGGCCUGGCCCACGUGAGAGGCCGCGCCGUACGAGCCUGCAGCCCGCGCCGUUCAGUGUUGCCGCGCGAGCCAUGCCGGCCAGCCAGCAGGAGCAGCUGCGCCACCACCGCGCCUGCAAGGGCAAGGCCCACGCGAGCGGCAUCGGCAAGGCCAGCCCCGCGCUCAUCCCGCACGCGCACCGCGGCGCCGCCGCCGCCAGGCCGCUGCUCAACGGCGGCGGCGGCGGCGGCGCGCCCAAGCGCCCGCCGCCCGCCUGCCCGCGCAAGCUCAGCCGCAACAGCACCAGCUCCUGGGAGUGCAGCGACAGCGACAGCCUUAACUCGUCGGAGGCGGGCGGCGAGCGGGGCCAGCUGCUGCGCCGCAUCGGCCGGGCGCUCGACCAGUGCGGCGCCGCGCCGCGCCCGCGCAAGCAGGAGAGCUGGGCCGACAGCCUGCGCACCGCCGGGCCCGGCCGCGACGAGCGCACCCGCCGCAUGGAGGAGGGCUGGGACGACAGCCUCGCGAUCGGGCCGCCGCCGAGGGAGCGCCGCUGCCAGCGCGGCACCGUCGGGAGCGCGCGCCGCGCGGCGCGGCCCGUCGAGUGGCCGAGGCUGCUGGAGCUGGCCGAGGCCGGUAGGAGGCGGCGCCAGUGCCGCCUGCAGGACCUCGAGGCGCUGACCAGCGCCGCCGGCCGCCCCCAGGCCAAGUCGGAGGAGCACCUCGCGCAGGAGCAGGCCUGGCUGGCCUCGGAGCGCGUCUGGCUGCUGCACCGCGGCGGCUUCAGCUCGGCCAGCAGAUGCGGCGCCCCGGCGGACCCCGACACCGGCAAGCUGCGCAUCCGCCUGGCCAACUCCGGCGAGGAGCUGCUCGUCGACGAGGAGGACGUGGAGAAGGCCAACCCGCCGCAGUUCGACAGGGCGGAGGACCUGUCGCAGCUGCGCUUCCUCAACGAGUCGUCGAUGCUGCACACGCUGCGCCAGCGCUACGCCAGCAACCUCAUCCACACCUACGCCGGCGAGAGCAUGAUCGUCAUCAAUCCCGUCGCGCCUCUGGCCAUCUACUCCGAGAAGGUGGUGCAGAUGUUCAAGGGCUGCAAAAGCGAGGACAUGCCGCCACACAUCUACGCCAUGGCGCAGUCGGCCUACCGUGGAAUGCUGGCCAGCCGACGGGACCACUCGCUCGUGUUCCUCGGCCGCAGCGGGGCUGGCAAGACCGCCAAUUUCAAGCAUGCGCUGCACUAUCUGGUACUGGCCGCCGGCACCGUCAACAAGAUUCUCACGAUCGAGAAAUUGAACGCGCUGUUCACGGUCCUCGAGGCUUUCGGCAACAGUCGCACCCACAUGAAUACCAAUGCGACUCGCUUCACGCAACUCUUUAGCCUCGACUUUGAUCAGUCCGGACAGAUUGCUUCUGCCUCGCUACAGGUGUUGCUUCUGGAAAAAUCACGGAUAGGCCGGCGCAUCAAUGGUGACCCCAGCUUCCACGCGAUCUACCGCCUACUUGCUGGAGCGGAAGGAACCCUUCGCAAAGAGCUGCAUCUCACGAAUCUCGUGGCCGAGAACAAUCCUUUCAUCACACCUUUGCAAAAGCACGAGGACAAACAACGAGCGCAAGUCGAGUUUAAUCGCAUCGUUGCGGCAUUCCGAACCUUGGCGGUCUCCGAGUCUGAAGAAAAAGCCAUUUGGAUCGUCUUGGCAGGCAUUUACCAUCUAAGUUGUGCUGGAGCUGUGAAAGCCAGCACGAGCUCUCAGAGUCGUUGGCAGUUCGCGAGAGUCGAGUGUGCUGAGAAAUCUGCAACUUUGCUGGGCACCACUGUCGAAGAGCUGAGCAGGCUGCUAUUCUCGUCGAACGGUACAGGAGUGGGAUUACAAAACUCACAACGAGCUGGCCUAAGGACACCCAGUCCCACUGACCAAAGCAAAGACAUCACAGGCCUCGAUGCACUCGAAGGUUUGCUGGUAGGCUUGUACUCCGAAGUAUUUCACUGUGUAGCUGCUCUAGUCAACAGGUCAAUAACCUCACCAGUUCACACAGUGUCAUCGUUAAUAUUAUGCGACGCGCCUGGUUUCCAAAAUCCCGCGACCUGCGGACGUCAAACUGGAGCAAACUUCGAGGAUCUAUGUCAUAAUUAUUUACAAGAACGUCUGCAGCUCCUGUUCCAUCACACUGCUCUAGUUGCACCCAAAGACAGAUAUGUGCAAGAAGGCAUCGAUAUCGACCAUGAAGACGACAUGGACGAAGCGCUAGGAUCGCCCCAAGCCCUUGUAUCUUUGAUGGAUAAAGGAAGUUCUCAGAGUGCCACAAUGUUACGAACAAGUCAAAGUGAUCUUAGCAGCAGCAGGCAAAUGGAAAGGAAAGGGCUUCUGUGGUUGCUUGAUGAGGAAACUGUUUGUUCUGGUGGUAAUGAUGAAAUCUUCUUGGAUCGGUUGUUUGCAUAUUACGGAGACAGAGAGCACCAACUGCUACUCAGGAAAGCACCAGGAAACAAUCAAUUUGUAUUGCAACAUUUGCAAGGUACAAAUCCCGUUCUCUACACCGCCACUGGCUGGAUAAAGGCAACUCGAGAGAAUCCAUUUGCUAAAAGUGCGAUUAGUAUUUUACAAGAGAGUACCAGAGACGAAGUCAGCAGAUUAUUUGUAUGUGCUCGUGGUGCUGGAGUUUCUAGUGCUUUAAGUGGCUCAAUCCACGGUCUAGAAGGUUCUCAGUCAUUAAGAAGAGCAUCUAGUAUCAGACGAACAUUUACCGCUGUUAAACGGAAAAAUGUCUGUUUGCAAGUCAAAUUCACUGUCGAUGGAUUAAUCGAGACUCUUAGAAGGACUCGAGUGAAAUUUAUACACUGUUACUUACCGCAGCAUAAUGCGGGAUGCACUGAAAACAAAACUCUCCUUUCUGUCAAAACCACUCACAGCGAGGAUAAUCUUAUCAACGUCCCACUCCUGCGUUCACAGGUGAGAGGCAGUCAAAUUUUGGAAGCAGUUCGCCUGCACAAAGUUGGCUUUCCGAAAUUUAUGCCUCUCGGGGAAUUCCGGCGACGAUUUGCGUUGUUGUCAAAUGACACGGCAACUCGUCCGGGAAGUCCUGUGUCCGAUGAAAGACGUGCCGUCGAAGACAUGUUGUUAUCAGUGGACAUCGAUCCAGCGUCCUACAGAGUGGGACAAAGCCAGAUCUUCUUCCGAGCUGGCGCGCUGGAGCGCCUGGAGUCGCAGCGGGACGAGAAGCUCACCGGCCACAUCAUUCUCCUGCAGGCGAGAUGCAGGGGCUACCUAGCUCGGCGCAAGCUCAGCACUCUCAAGCUGCAAGACCUGGCGGUGCGUUGCAUCCAGCGCAACGUGAGGAAGUUCAUGCUGGUGCGCGAGUGGCCCUGGUGGCGGCUGUACGUGAAGGUGGCGCCGCUGCUGAACGUGCACCGCACCGAGGACCAGCUGAAGGCGAGAACGGAGGAGCUCGAGGUGCUGCGCGCCAAGGUGGAUCGUCUGGAGCAGGAGCGCAACCACCUGAAACACGACAACGACAGGCUCGAGGCCAAGCUGAGCGAGAUGACGGCGGACUUCGCGGAGGAGCACUCGACCUCGACCCUGGCGGCGGAGCGCAUCGACGCGGAGCAGAGCGAGCGCCUGCGCCUGGAGCGCGAGCUGCAGGACGUGCACGAGAGCAACAAGAGCCUGCAGCAGCAGGCCGAGCGCCUGGAGAUGGAGCUGCUGUACGCGCGUGCGGCCGACCUCAACGGCCUGGCCUCCGACGCCGAGGACGGCGAGGACGGCGGCGUCUACCGACAGCGCUACCAGCACGCCAUGCGCGAGCUCGAGUUCAUCAAGCGCAAGAUGGCCCAGCAGCACGAGGACGACCUCGAGCAGCUGGUCGGCCUCAAGAAGCAGCUCGAGAAAAAGCUGGCGGACGCAUACGAGGAGGUGGAGGAGCAGCGACAGGUCGUCGGCCAGUGGAAGCGCCGCGUGCAAAAGCUCAACGGCGAGAUGCACGAUCUGAGACUGCUGCUCGAGGAGCAGACCGCCAGGAACAACCUGCUGGAGAAGAAACAGCGGAAGUUCGACUCGGAAACGCAAAAUCUCAUGGAUGAUUUGAGGCAGGAGCGCGCCCAGCGAGAGCGACUCGCCAGGGAGAAGGAAAUUGCCAUCGCUGAGAAAUUUACCAUCGAGCAUACCCUGAGCGACGUGCGACUGGAGAUCGAGCUGAAGGAGGAGCGACUGCACACCCUCACGCAGGAGCUGGAGGAGCUGACCUUCGUCGGUAAGACCGAGGAGGAUGUGGCGCAGCUCAAGAAAGCCAAACACGAGCUGGAAAAGAAGCUCAAGGACCAGGAAGAGGAGCUCGACGACCUGGCCGGCCAAGUGCAGCUGCUCGAACAAGCCAAGCUGCGCCUGGAGAUGAGCAUCGAGCAGCAGCGCAAGGAGAUGCGCAAGGAGAUGCAGCAGCGCGACGAGGAGCUGGAGGACGUCCGCGGGAGCGCCAUGAAGAAGGUCAAGGCCCUCGAGCAACAGCUGGAGAACGAGCACGAGGAGCGCACCGUCGUGCUCCGGGAGAAGCACGAACUAGAGCGCAGACUCGUCGCGUUCGAGGAGCAGGACAGAACCGAGCGCGCAGCGGAGGCCGAGACCACCCAGAGACUGAAGAGAGAUCUGAAGAGGACCCGAGCGCUGCUGAGGGAUGCCCAGACAAUGCUCGAGCGCUCGAAGGGCGAUUCCACCGGCAAAGCCGCUCUCCGCCACUUGAAGAACCAGCUCGAGGACGCCGAGUGCGCGAGGGCAGUAGCCGUCAAAGCCAAGCAGGUGCUCGAGCAGGACCUGAGCGAGACUCAGGCAGCGCUGGAGGAAGCUUCGCGGCAGCGCUCCGAGGCCGAGGAUCGCGCCAACGCGGCCAACCGCGAACGCUCCGAGCUGCUGUCGCAACUGGAGGAGAACGAGGAGGAGCUGGCCGAGGUGCUGAAAAAAUACCGGGCCACAGUUCAGCAAGUAUCCGCUGAGCAGGCGCACUUGCAGGAAGCACAGGUGCAGAUCGCGGCCUUGGAGGCCGAGAAAGCCUCGCUGAAAGAACAAGUCACCGAGCUAAGCCAGCGAAUCGAGUCGGUCGAGCAGCUUGGCGACCCGACGGCUAACAGCCUUGCCACCAGACGUCUCGAGUUCCGCACCAAGGAGCUCGAGAGCAAACUCGAGCUGGAGCAGACGACGAGAGCGCGAUUGGAGACCCAAAUAGCGCGACUGAAGGAGACCGUGGACAAGCUACAGUCGGAAACAGCACUCCUGCGCACCAAGGAGCAAACGGCCCAAGACGCCAUGCGAAGGCUGCAGCGAUCGUUGCGAGAGGCGCGCGAGGAAGCGGCCUCGGCCUCGGCCAGAGAGCAGGAUGCGACGCGGGUACGUCGGGACCUAGAGAAAGCCCUCGAGGCGUCCGAAGCAGAGACCAAGGUCGUCAAGGACGAUCUCAGGCUCGCUUUGCAGAGGAUCGACGAUCUUCAGAGCGCCAUCCAAGGUGAUCUUGACCUCGACAACAGCGAGGAGGCCACCAGCGACAAUAGCGAUAGCGAUUGAUCUGCAAUGUCGACCGACUUCAAUGGGAUCUAAACAUGAAAACGUCGGAAAGCAGAAUG